AUGCAGAUGAGUCGCCCACACGACAAAACAAAAUGGAGGCCUGAUAGAAGCGAUACCUCCUGCCAGGUCGACGUGCCGUAUCGUCCUGUCACCUUGUUCAAGGAACUCUUGUUGCAGGUGUUUCCAGGUCUGAUCCGUCUGCGCUCCAAGCCUCCUCCUCAGCUGCAGGGCGUCCAGUACGUCCUCAACGUGACCGCCUCAGACGACAACGCCUCAGGUGGUCCUCAGGUGCUGAGCUCCUGUGCCCAGGUGGUGGUGGGCGUGGACGACGUCAACAACAACAAGCCCGUCUUUCACCAGUGUCAGCAGUACCGUGAGAAGAAGACCUGGGUUCUGGAGAACCAGCCAGCAGGAACCUUGGUGCUGCAGGUCCAAGCCCAGGAUGCUGACGAGGGAACCAACGGCAAAGUCACGUAUGGAUUCAUGCACAAAGACUCCUCUCUGCCCGCCUUCAGCAUCCAUCCUGACACAGGAACAAUCGUCACCGCCAGGAAGUUUGACCGCGAGCAGCAGCGGGAGUACGCGGUGACGGUGACGGCCACCGACCAAGCCGCCGACCCGCUGAUUGGCAUUUGUCAGCUCAACAUCCUCAUCCAGGACCAGAACGACAACAGUCCCAAGUUUGAGAACCUCCGCUAUGAGUACUUCCUCCGUGAGGACACGAUGAUCGGCACCAGCUUCCUGCGAGUGGCGGCCCACGACGACGACUUUGGCACCAACGCCGCCAUCACGUACUCCAUGUCCAGCGAGCAGCCGGAGUACCUCAGGGUCAACCCUCUGACAGGCUGGGUCUUUGUCAACCAGCCCAUCUCUCAGAGGACCUUCAUCACGCGGGACAUCCUGGCCACGGACGGAGGGAACCGCAGCAGCUCGGUGGAACUGUCCGUCACCAUCACCAACGUGAAGAACCAGCCCCCCCGCUGGGAGGAGCCACGUUACGCCGUGGUCAUCCCGGAGAACACCGUCAGGGACACGCCCAUCGUGAACAUCCGAGCCACGUCCCCGCUGGGCGACCCCCGGGUCACCUACAACCUGGAGGACGGCAUGGUCCCAGAGACCAACAUGCCAGUCCGCUUCUACUUGACCCCCAACCGGGAAGAUGGCUCCGCCUCCAUCUUGGUGGCCGAGCCCCUGGACUACGAGACCACCCACAACUUUAUUCUGCGGGUCCGAGCCCAGACUGUGGCGGCGGUCCCGCUGGCCGCCUUCACCACGGUCUACGUCAACUUGACAGACGUGAACGACAACGUGCCCUUCUUCACUUCCUCCAUCUACGAGGCCUCCGUGACCGAGGGCGCGCCAUCAGGAGCGCUGGUCUUCCAGGUGUCGGCCAACGACUUGGACCUGGGCCUGAACGGCAAGAUCUCCUACUCGCUGCUGGAGGAUCGCAGCGGAGACCACCGCUUCUUCCGCAUCCAGGCUGACUCGGGCGCCAUCUACACGCAGACCGUCUUCGACCGCGAGACCAAGAGCUCCUACCUGCUGGAGGUGCGCUCGGUGGACGGCUGCGAGUCUGCCAGGCCCGGCAAACACGGACAGCCCAACUCUGACAGCUGCUACGUGCGCGUCUUCAUCAGCGACAUCAACGACAACAAGCCCGCCUUCCCUCACGCCGCCUACCUGGUGGACUUGCAGGAGGACGCCGACCUCGGCUUCAACAUCAUCACCGUCACCGCCAACGAUGGCGAUGAAGGUGGAAACGCCAAGCUGCGGUACCAGAUCACAUCUGGCAACACGGGCGGCGUGUUUGACGUGGAACCAGAAGUGGGAACCAUCUUUGUGGCUCAGCCUCUGGACUACGAGCAGAACAAAAGGUACAAACUCCACCUCCUCUCCUCGGACGGCAAGUGGGAGGACUACACCACAGUGUCGGUCAACGUGGUCAACAAGAACGACGAAGCGCCCGUCUUCACCGUCAACCAAUACUACGGCAGCGUGACGGAAGAGCUGGAUGGCUCACCUGUCUUCGUUCUGCAGGUGACGGCCACCGACCCCGACAAAGAUGCCGACCAGGAAGCCGUGCGCUAUUCCCUCCACGGCCAGGGCGCCGACAGCGAGUUCGUGAUCGACGAGGUCACGGGCAAGAUCUACGCCCAGCGGACCCUGGACCGCGAGGAGCGCGCCGUUUGGCGUUUUGUGGUCCUGGCCACGGACGAGGGCGGCGAAGGUCUGACGGGCUUCACGGACGUCAUCAUCAGCGUGUGGGACAUCAACGACAACGCGCCCGUCUUCACCUGCGCCCCCAGCUGUCAUGGCCAGGUGGCAGAGAACUCUGCAGCGGGCACGUCGGUGAUGGACAUGACGGCCACCGACCUGGACGACGCCGCCGUGGGCCAGAACGCCGUCCUGUCCUACAGGUUGGUGGGCACUCUAGACGCCAACCUGGAAGGUGUGCCCGCCUUGUCCGACAUGUUUGUCAUCCACCCGGCCACGGGCACCGUCACGGUGGCCAUGACUGGCCUGGACCGAGAGCAGGCCGAGUCCUACCUCCUGAUCGUGGAGGCCAGGGACGGCGGCGGUAUGGCGGGAACGGCCACCGCUACCGUACUGGUCAAGGACGUCAACGACCACGCCCCCAGAUUCACUGACCAAUCAUGUGUGGCCACCAUCUCGGAGAACGCUGAACCCAACGCUGAGGUUCUGGAGGUGAGGGCUGAAGACCAGGACGUAGGAGAAAACGCCCAGCUUAGCUUUAGCGUGGUGGCAGGAGACCAGGAGCAGAAGUUCUUCAUGGUGACCAACAGGCAAGAGCGGCGUGGGACUUUGAGACUGAAGAAGCGUCUGGACUUUGAGCGCCACAGCGAGCAGAAGUUCAACCUCACCCUGAAGGUGGAGGACCUGGACUUCUCCAGCCUGCUGCAGUGCGUGGUGGAGGUGGAGGACUUCAACGACCACGCCCCCGUCUUCAUCCCGCACUUCCUCUCCCUGGGCCCGCUGCCCGAGGACGUCGCCGUGGGAACCAGCGUGGCCCGCCUGCUGGCGAGCGACUCGGACUCGGGCCGGAACCGGGACCUGGUCUACAGCCUGCGGGAGGAUUCCGACCCCGAGGGUCUGUUCGCCGUGGACCAGUCCGGCGUCCUGUCUGUGGCGCGGCCUCUGGACCGGGAGAGGACGGCGCAGCAUCACCUGGUCGUCAUAGCGACGGACCACGGGGUCCCGCCUCUGUCGGGCAGCGCUACAGUGGAGCUCCCCCUGCUGGACGUCAACGAUAACGGCCCCGAGUUCGAAGCCGCCUACGCUCCCGUGGUCCUGGAGAACAUGGCCGGGCCUCAGGUGGUCCGCAUGAACCGGACCUCCACCCUCCUGCGGGCCGUGGACCGGGACUCGCCUGAGAACGGGGCGCCGUUCCGUUUCUCCGUCCCGGCCGAGUCCGGCCUGAGCGGCGACUUCCACCUGCAGGACCACCUGAACGGCACGGCCACGCUGACCGCUCUCAGGACCUUUGACCGCGAGCGCCAGAAGGACUUCCUCAUCCCCGUCGUCAUGAGCGACAGCGGACGCCCCGCCCACACCGCCACCUGCACGCUGACCGUUACCAUCGGCGACCAGAACGACCACGCCCACCUUGGCGGCCACAAGGAGGUCUUCUUCUACCGUCACAGAGGCCUCCAACCAACCACCGUGCUGGGGAAAGUCCACGCCCCCGACCCCGAUGACUGGGACAACAAGACCUACGUCUUUGAAGGACCCGCCCCCAUGUUCUUCAUCCUGCAGCAGCAGAGCGGCCUCCUCCUCAUCAAAGACUACACACCUCCUGGAACUCACCUGUUGCAGGUGAGAGUGUCUGAUGGUGUGUGGCAGGACGUGGUGUCCUCGGUCCUGGUGCACGUCAGGGACCUCCCCCGUGAAGCCCUGCACCGCUCCGCCUCCUUGCGCCUGGCAGAGGUGACGGCCCAGGACUUCCUGCGGCGUCGGGGCAGCAGACAGUCCAGCGGUUACCAGCUGCUGUCUGACUUCCUGUCUGAGAUGCUGUCGGUGGCGAGCUCGGACGUGUUUCUGUUCAGCCUGGCGGACGUGAAGGACCAGAGCAUGUUGGACGUGCACCUGGCCGUGCGCACCGGCGCUUCCUUCCUGCAGCCGGAGAAGGUGCACGGCUACCUGGCGGCACACAGGCAAAAGCUCCAGUCCUUCCUGCAGGUGCGAGUGUCCCAGGUGGGCGUGGACCCGUGCGGCGGCUCACAGUGCCAGGACGCCGGUGGCUGCAUGGGCGUGGUCAAGGUGCGGGACACGCCCACACUGGUGGACUGCGGGACCAGCAGUCUGGUGUCCGUCACCGUGGAGACCGUGGCCGUCUGUACCUGUCCAGGUCGGGAGCUGACUCAUCAGUCCUGCUCCUCGUAUCCCACAAGCCCUUGCUUCAAUGGCGGCGUGUGCGUGGACACCCAGCAUGGCUACAGGUGCCAGUGUCCGGCCCAGUUCCAGGGUCCCGAGUGCCAGCAGAACAAGCACAGUUUCCAUGGCAACGGCUAUGCCUGGUUCCCUCCCAUGAUGCCUUGCUUCGACAGCCACAUCUCGCUGGACUUCAUCACCAAGGAACCUGAUGGACUCUUGUUCUACAGCGGACCUUUGGCACAGGCCUGGGACCACCAGGACUUCAUGGCCCUAGAGAUCGUGGAGGGAACGCCAACACUGAAAGUCAAGCGAGGCUCGGGCACGGUGGUGCUGCAGUUGCCUAGCAACGUCAAGGUGGCGGACAGGCGCUGGCACCGACUUGAUGUGCGCAGCAACAGCCAGGAAGUGCGCCUGACAUUGGAUCGUUGUGCGGGGGCCGUCGUCACGGAGACGGAGGGUGUCGGAAGCUGGCUGACCACAGAAGAUUAUUCGUCAUGUGAGGUGAUAGGCUCCUCCCCCAACACUGACAGUCAUGUGACCAGCAGUAGUCCAGUCCUACAGUUAGGGGGCGUCAACCAGGACAUUCCUUACCUCUAUCCUCAACUCCAACACAAACAUUUCACUGGAUGUAUACGUGACUUCAUUGUGGACAGCAAGAUGUACGACCUGAGUUCCCCGGCGGAGCAGCGGUCAAGUUCCGGUGGGUGCGUGAGCGCGGACAGCAGCUGCAGCGAGGUGGCUCCGCCUCCAUGUGGGCGGGGAGGGCGUUGCCAUGGCGACGGGGUCUCCUUCAGCUGCCAGUGUGUGCCAGGCUACUCUGGGCACGUCUGUGAGGACGAGCUUCCAGAAUAUUCUGUGGAUGCAGACGCACAUGUGCACUACCAGCUGGCUGCACCUCUGCCGGCCCGCAGGACAGCGGUGCAGAUCAUGGUCCGAACCCGCAAACACAGCAGCACCCUUGUCAGCCUCACAGCCAGGCUGCAGAUUGAGUAUUUGACACUGGAGAUUCGCCAGGGCCUGCUGAGCGUCUUGUACAACCUGGGCGAUGGCGACUACAACGUGACGCUGCCCACGUAUCGCCUGGACAACGGUGAAUGGCACCAGGUCUCCCUGGAUCGCUAUGACAACGAGAUGACCUUGCGGCUGGAUGGCGGCGGCGGGCCGAGGGAGGUCACGGGGUCGCGGGGGCGGAGCCGGGAAAUCGUCAUCGACCCCACGCUGGUGAUGGUGGCCAACGCUUUCCCGCCCACGUCCAACAGGAGCUUCCAGGGCUGCCUGAGAGACGUGCGUCUAAACGGUCUCCACUUGCCCCUGGAGCUCCAGCAGACCCAGGAGGGCGUGUCCCUGGUCAGCGUGCAAGGCAUCACCCCGGGUUGUCGCUCCGACUCCUGCAGGAACAACCAAUGCAGCCCCCCCUUUACCUGCGUGGACCUGUGGCAGGUGCACGAGUGCAGGUGCCCGCCAGGUCACAUGGUGCGUGUGAACGGCAGCAGGAAGUGGUGUGCGUACACGGCGUGUGCCAGGCGGCCGUGCCACGGAGGUGUGUGCGUGUCACAGUCGUCUGCAAAGUUCACCUGCCGCUGCCCUGAAGGUCACGGUGGUCGUCUGUGUGAAAGCAGGCUGGAUGUUCAUCGCCAUGACGACGGCCUCAGCUUCAACUCCCUCUUUGCCAUCUGCGUCUGCUUCCUGGCCUCCGUGGUCCUGCUGGUGGUCUUCUUCUGCUGCUCUCGCUGGAGGAGCACCAGAGGUCUGAAGGAGAGGAGCUACCACCUGUCUGCACCUCAGCAGGUCUGGGAGGACGUCAGGGAGAAUGUCCUCAACUACGACGAGGAGGGCGGUGGGGAGGAGGACCAAAACGCCUACGACAUGGCGGCGCUGCAGAAGUCCCUCCAGCCCAGCCCGGUCCAGUCGCUCCAGUACCGUCGCUGCAGGACUGUGCACCACCCUCCCCCGCCCCUCCAGCUGCUGCACCAGGCCCCGCCCCCUCCCCCACCCCCGCUGGACUCACUAGGCCGCAGCACGACGCCGUCGGCCGGCGGGAGCGUGGGCCCGCGCCGGGACGUCCCCCCCGCCCAGGGCCAGGUGCGUCCCUCACAGUUGGGGCGGCGCUCGCUCUCCUUCUCCAGCCAGGACCUGGCCCGCUACCUGUGCGAGAUCAUCCGUGACGCCGACCAGAACCCGGACGCCGGACCCUUCGACUCCCUGCAGGUGUUCUCCACCGAGGGGGGCGGCUCCCCGGCCGGCUCCCUCAGCUCCUUCGGCUCGCCGGGGUUGGAGGCGGGGGGCGGCGGGCGGGGGGCGGCCGAGGAGACGCUGGGGGACUGGGGGCCACGCUUCGAGAAGCUGAGGGCGCUGUACGAGCAGGCCGAGGUCAGCGACCUUUGAACUCCAGCCAGACUCAGUGGACCCUUUUGGAGGGGGGGGGGGGGCGUCCGUCCCGACAAUCAAUUGAAAACAGAAGACAGCCAACACCUCUAAACACGCCCCCUUCUUCAGGCUUUAGGGUGCCGCUCUUGUCCUUAAUUGUGAAAAGUUUUGUGCUCAGGCACAGCACGGACGCCUAAAAAGGACCUGUUGUGUAAAUAACCACAGCGGACACUUGAUUAGGGACAGCAGUGGAAGAGACAUCUCCAAAUGCUGCCGUCAAAGUUUCAAGUGUAAAAAGAAGUGCAAACCUGGGAGGGCAAAGACCGACUUCUCUUCUAUGGCUAGCAUCACGUGUGUCCACAGCAGGGAAAGGCACAAAAGCCAAAGAAAAAGCGAGAAGAAGUUUCAUUUGGAGCUUCCAGUGUGCCUAAUGAAGUGACCCCCCCCAGUGGACACACUUGGUGCUGCAGCUGCUGAGACAUCAAGGACUUUUAGGGGGACACAGAGACAUCAAUGAGACAUCAAGGACUUUUAGGGGGACACAGAGACAUC